ACGAAGAAACAUUUUACUUCUUUUUUAGCGGGUUACUAUUUACCUGCUCAUUCCUGUCGUUGCCAUUGAAAACAUUACAUCUUGGCUACAAUUUCGAGUUUAUAGUAUUGUAAAUACUUUAAAGUAUUCUCCUAAAUUAUAUCUAUACCCUUUCUAAAAGUUAUUUGAUCGGUUAUAAAUUGUUUAUUUCGUAAUAUUUGAAAUUAAAUCAAAAUAAAAGUUUAAAACUUGAUAUGUGACGUCACAGUAUGCAUUCCUAAGUGAUUGCGCGACCAUUCCCAGAUGCAUAAUAGAGGUGUGGUCAUUCUGAAAUAGAAAUGGCUUCCAUUCGUAAAAAACUUGUCAUUGUUGGAGAUGGUGCCUGUGGUAAGACUUGCCUCUUAAUAGUAUUUAGUAAAGACCAAUUUCCAGAAGUCUAUGUUCCCACUGUAUUUGAAAACUAUGUAGCAGACAUUGAAGUUGAUGGCAAACAGGUAGAACUUGCUCUUUGGGAUACAGCUGGUCAAGAAGAUUAUGACCGAUUAAGGCCAUUGUCUUAUCCAGAUACUGAUGUAAUUCUGAUGUGCUUUAGCAUAGAUUCACCAGAUUCUUUAGAAAAUAUUCCUGAGAAAUGGACUCCUGAAGUUAGACAUUUUUGUCCAAAUGUGCCCAUUAUUCUUGUUGGAAACAAAAAGGAUUUGAGGAAUGAUUCGCACACAAUAUGUGAAUUAGCAAAAAUGAAACAAAAACCGGUGACUCCUGAAGAAGGACGCUCAAUGGCAGAAAAAAUAAAUGCUUAUGGUUACCUGGAGUGUUCAGCAAAGACGAAGGAAGGUGUACGAGAUGUCUUUGAAACAGCAACUCGAGCAGCUUUGCAGGUCAAGAGGAAAAAGAAAGCUAAAUGCAUUUUAUUCUAAGAAUGAGUUUCAGUAGCAGAGGACCUCAGUAUCAGAAGAGAGAAGUCAUAUAUUCUUCUGUUUAAAGCAAAAUCUGAACUUGUGAUCAAAACUUGUGUUUAUGGCUUUCUUCAUUUGUUUUUGUCAUUUCUCAUUAUUUUUCCAUGCUUGAGGGAAAAUAAUUAACUAGCAGAAGUCUUCCACUGCAGCUGUUUUACUAAUGUGAAAGAUAAAUUAGCUAGUUAGGGGCCAUUCCUCUUUUGUUGCUGUUCCUUGAAUGUGAACUAAUGAGGUCCUGUUAUGUGUUUUCAUGGAACAAGAUCUGUGGCUGUUGUGAGGGAGAGUUGUACUGUAUCAAAGACUUGUUACCAAAGGAUUUUGUUCUCAUUUUUUUUCUAAACCAUGCCAUCAUAGUUUACUGUUCAGUUAUUCGUUUUAUUAUUUAGUUUUGUGCAGAUUAAUUUUUAAACCAUGUUUAUGUUUAAAAACUGUGUAAAGCAGGCCCCUUUUUUCAAUACAUGAUUUUUACAAACUUUAUGAAGAUUUUUUUAGUAAAUGCAGUUAUUUGUUUUAAAGCCAAAAUUUAUUGCUUAUUGAACAUAUUUUUGGCACAUACUGAUGGUGAAGUAUUGAAACUUAGUUUUAAAAAAUUGCAGUUUUAAUUUUAAUUAAGUUGCAUAUUUGCUUUUAAGUUAGUACUGAAUAUUUGUUUUGCUGAUCAUUUGUGUAAAUGUGGUGUAUUUAAAAAGUUUGCUUGAUACAUUAUUCAAUACUUUUGUAGAAAAUUUCAACGGUUUGUCCUUUUUAAAAGUGUCGACCGAACAAUUUUUGAAGUAUUAUAGUAUGAUAUUUGAAAUUCAUCUUAAUAUUUGUCUUGUCAACUUGGGUGAUUGAAAUAAUGAAUUUGUUCAUUUACUGUUCUUAGACCAAUUUUCAAAUAUUUCUACCUUUUUUUAGCAAACUUAAAAAUAUAAGUCAUGUGUGUAAUAUUUUUUCCUAAAUCUAAAGUAAAUAAAUGAUGCUAAAAGUUUUUAUUUUUUUUUUUCAUUUUGAAAUUUUUAUGAUUAAAAGAUGUAUGAAGAAAUUCACUCUUUUAGUUUGUGUACUGUAAAAUCAAUGAAGAAAAUUAAUCUAUUACUACUGCUGUAUUAUACAAUGCAAAUAAUUAUUUUGAAAAACAUUUUUGUUAACAAUUUGUCUAAUUUUUUUUCUUGUAUUACCAUUUUGAAUAUGCUUUAUAUAAAUGUUCCUUCAUAAAAGAAAUAAUCUGAAUUAGAAAUCUCUGUAGAAUAAGAAAGUAGUAUAUGAAAGUAUUCUAAAUGUUUCUUUUUUUUUUUUUUUUUUUAAUACUUAUUACUACUGAUAACAGUUAUGCUUAGCUACUUUUAAAUAAUUUCUUUUUAUACUUAUCACCGCUCUGAAAAUAUCUUGGAAGUUUUACUGUUUUCAAGUUUAUCUGAAUUCCGAAUUUAUGUGGUCAAAAGUAGUUAUCACACCUGUGUAAAGUCAGGAAGCUUUUUACAGAUGUUUAAGUUGAGUAUCAUUUCUUUAUUUUAGAUGUUCUCUCUGGUCCUAAAUUAAAUUGAUCUACUUUGUAUCUUUUCUCAUAUGAUGUGAAUUAAUUUUAUUAUUUUUCUUUUAAUGCACAUUUUAACUCGGUAGAUUUAAAUUUAAGAAAUUAUUUCAAGCUCUUUGAAAGCAAUUGAAAAUCAGACUGAAAGUUUUAAGAAAUCCCCCUUUUAACAAACAAACUUCAGCAAAGGAAGUAAAGCAGAAAAAAUAUUUGAGUUUUUAGAUUAUUUCUGUGAAAAAUUUAACCAAACUUUGCCCUUAAUGCCCAGUAGGAUUAGUCACUUGCUGAAGCAUUUUUACCCAUUGCUUUCAAAAAAAAUUUUGACAAUAUUUAAUUUCUGCAUUACUUUUUCUAGUUUUUUGCGUGGUAUAAUACAGAAUCACUUUUAUUUAUAUCUUCAAUGCUAAUAAAACUUCUGUUUGAUGUUCCAAAGGAAAUUUUUUCAUGUUGCGAAAAUUCCACUCAAUACUUACAAUAAAGAAAAAGUCAGUACACACUAUUUCUGUAAUGUAUUUUAAUUUUCAGACUGAAAUUCUUCAUUAGGCUAUAGUUAAAAAAUUUUAUUAAAAAAAAAAAACAUCCAACCAAAAUUUAGUAUUCAAUUCAUACUCUAAUUCAACCUAUAAUUUUUGAUUUAUAUUUCUCAUUGUGCAUUGAAAUAUGUUCUCUGUUAAAAGGGUUUUUCUUUUUACCACUGAAAGUUUUAUUUUGUUAAUUUAUGAAAAGUUAUUUUUCCUUAAUCACCAUCUGUCUCAAUGAAAUUGUUGUCAUCAGUAAAUUUAGAUUAAAAAUUUAUUUAUGUGCUUCCUUCAUUACUUUAUUAUAAGGAAUAUGUAUAAAAUCACAUUCAGAAUGUUUUGUUAAUAACAAUUAAAUGCAUUGUGUAUACAAUUUUGGAACUAAACCUUGCAAGGGAUUAUGUGUGCUGUCUAUUAAGUUUGUGCCAAAAUAGUGAAAUUCAGUGUUACUAGUUUCCAAAUGAAUGUCCUUAGUUACUUUUAAAAAAUUUCAAGUUAUGAACUUUUCAAAAAGAAAUCUGUAAUGACUUGUGUUCUAAUUUUAAUGAAAUAAACAUCUUUUAUUGCUAAUAUAGCUUGUGUUGUAAUUAAGGAACUGUUAACAAAUUGAUUCAUUACUGUAACCCUUCCAUUAGAACGUCGAAUUGAACUGUUCAUUUCAGUAUAGUGAUCAAAAUUUUGUUGAUUAAAUGCCUAGAAAAUCACUUUGAAAACAAGACAGUUUUGCGCUUUAAAAACAAAGCGGUUUUUUAUUGACAAUAAGUCAAUGAAUAGCUUAAGGCUGGAGGAAAUGAUUCAAAUCAUUAUUUUGUUUCAUGUUACUGCUCAAUAAAUAUGAAACACCCUAAAUUUUCUAUUAAUGUAGAAAGAAUGACAGGACAACCUUUUUUUUCACAGGUGGUCGUAAGUGUAACCUUAUAUUUAAAAAAUGGGUUGCUUUUCAUAAUUGAGAAUUAGAAGUGCAUAUUGCAUGAUCAUGUGGAAAUAAGUCUUCUGUACGCAUAUAUUACCUUUGUAAGUUUCCUUUCAAAGGUUUCAAUAAAUUAAUAAUAUUUUUCUUGUUUGAAAA